UCCCAGCCACUGCCAGCCUCCACAUGAAGGGAAGAAGAAAUCAUCCAUUGGUCUGAUUUUAUCAGUGAAAUCUCAAAGUUCUCCACCUCGUAGCCAUGGGAAAUGGCAACAAUCCACUAGGUCACCUGGUCCUUCCUCCUCCUGCUGCUGCAAGAUCCUUUGCUACAGAACAUGCCCAAGUUCAUUCUCUAACUGCUUGGAAACGUCCCAGAUGAGGAAGCUCCCAGUGCUUCCCUUGGGAGACUAUUCUAUGGGCUAAUUAGUCCAGGAAUGGUAUCCAGCCUUCACUCCACUCCCCAAUCCUGUAUGUGGUACAGCAUUAAUCACCCCAUGGCCAGAAGUGGAUUGCUUAGACCUGCGGGGAGGCUGAUAGCACAACCAUGAUCUUGUGGUGUCCGGGAAACAGAUGUUGCUCUGAAUACAGUGGGAGAUGUGGGGGAGCCAAAUGGGGUGAACAACCGGGGGAAUGGGCCAAGAGAUGGGGAGGGGAGAUCUCUGUAAUCGAGAGCUCUCACAUUAGCAACCUGGCUUGUGCCUCCACCUCAGGCCACCACACACAUUUCCUCUAGUCAGAUGUGGUGGAUCAAUUGUUCCCUGGCUGUUUAGCACCUGGCACAUUUAAAGCCCUGCAGCUAUGCUCAGAGUGGGCAAGUGACCAGCUUCCUUUGGUCAGCUGAGGGCUGUCAUUUGUUCCUUGGCAACUGGACUGGAACAGCCGGAGGAGGAAGGUGCUCUAAACAGGUACUGUCUUGUACUGCUCUGAGGUGGCCUGGAGUUAGCGGGACAGAGAAAGGCCAUCCGUCUGUCAGCAGUGGGGUGUCCAUGCCAGGGACAAGGAGGGGAGGCACCAAUUUGGUAAAUGGAAAUAAUUGAAUUAGUGGCUCUCAGCUGCAUGCUGCUUGGGAUGCGGUUGCAGACCAAACUUUGCCCGAGCGCAAGGGCACUCUCCAAGCUCCAGGGAAGUGACCCAAGCACAUUCAAAGGCUUUCAGGAAGGGACCCUGAAGGCAGAUGGCGUGGCGUGGCAGUUCAGAAAGGGACAACUACAAGAGACAGACAGAUCCUUGUGGCUCCCUGUGCCUAGGGGACUCUCUGGGGAAAGGCCCUCAAGCGGCUUGCUGGCUCUGACGCCUGUGUUCAGUUCUGGAGAGACUCUCUAGCCCAGCAGAGCCAGCUGAGAGAAGUAAGCCUGAGUCACUGCAAAGCCUCAUUUUUCACUGAGAAUAGCCCUCACCAUGGAAAGGAAGGGCAAUUCUUUGUAUGAUGAUCAAGCAAACCUGAAUGGUUGGCCCCUGGACCCAGCCCUCUCUAGAAUGCUGGGAGCCCCAGAAGUCCAGGUAGCUAUGGCACAUCGUUAUAACAGCACAAAGAUUGAUACCAAACAGUCCCCAAGGCUCUCGUGUGCUCCCUAAGGUGCUGGCACAUUUCAUCUUGGGGACAUUAAGAAUUUAAGCUGCACUAACCAAAUGGUUCAAAGACCAGUUCCUCAGGCUCCAGACACUGUAGUCCUUAGCUGUAGCCAUCCCAGCGCUUUGAGGCAUGUUUCCACAGGCAUUGUUUUCCUGGUCACAUUCCCAUUCCUUUGUCCCCAGAUGCGUCUGCCCCAUAGACUUGGGCUGCAUCUGGGUCUUGCCUUAGCCAGCCUAAACCACAUUCUCUCCUGCUUGCUACUUUUUGGUCUCCCAUCUCUAGUCACAAACACCUCGGGGGCUGUAGCUGCACCCACGCCCUGGCCUCUGACUGCUCCCAGGCCUUUGCCUCUGUAAUCCAGUGACCUCUGUUCUCAGCUUCUGGUUCCUCUAGCCAACCAUGCUCUUGGUCCUCUAUUCAUACUCCUGAGUUUCUUCUCCCUCUGCUCCAAUGAGCUCUGGUCUCCACUGUCUCUUGUCUUCAUUUCUAGUCACCAAUAGUUCUUUCUGUCGAACACACUGUUAUUAGUUGCUUUUUUAACUCUUCCUGCAAAUCCACAAGAGCAAAAUUAAUACCGUAACUGUCGGAGAAGCUGAGCAAAAUCCAACUGUUCUUGACUGGAAAGCUUGGGGCUCUCCCUCCAUAGUGAACAUGAUACCAUGUAAAGUGGAGGUAGCUUCAGAUGUCUCAUUUGGCUCAGCUGGAAUCUUGUUGGCAGUUCUUCCUGUCUCCUAUUUAGAGAGAGCUCUGUGAACUCCUCAUGUAGGUGAGACAGCUUUUCCGGGUCACUGCUAGGGAGCCAUUAGUGGGAAUAUUUACUUGGAAAUUCAAUCCUGGCUCAUGCUCCCCUCUAAUUGAGUGAAGAGUUUCUUUGAAGUGAAGAAGUUAAUUUAGUGUCUGAAUGCGGGAGGGGAAAGGAGGGCCUUGGAAAAGAGGCUUCAGGUAAGAAGUUUCUUUAUUUCACACCUGCUGGAGACAAGUGGGUGAUCAGAGACUCUAUCUGCAGUUCUCCUAUAUGGACACACCUGGGAAAGUCCAGACCAGCUCUAGGUUUCACUGGAUUUGUCUGGGUCAGCAGAGACCCCUCCCUGACCACCACAGUAAUUUAAUUGGAACCUCUCAUUAGUUUUUGGAGCAGGAAAGAGAGCAGGGCGAGGACCAGUCUCCACUUUGUUCCUGGACAUACCUGGAUUAACAGAGACAGCUCAAAUCCACCAGUACACCUGAACUCACCUGUCCAAGACUCAGCCAUUUCUGCAGAUCUCUGAAUCACUCUGUGCAGGUGCAGCAGUUCUGCUCGUGUCCCUAGUGGAGGAUGUUCAGCUCAGAAUAUGUGGUGUCCUCACUCCCAGCUGCAUCUCACUUCUACAGCCCUGCUUUCUCAGCCCAGCUCGCAUCCACUCCUGUCUGCAGCCUCUUCCUCCCAGCUCCCCUUUUCAGCUGCCAGCUCUUCCCGCCCUGCAGCCCUCCGGAGCCCUGCAAACAAGCACUGCUGCUGGCGAGCCAAGGCGCAGGUUUGGGGGAGCAGGGAGACUUCUCAGAGGAAGCUCGCCCGCAGAAGCAGAGACGCACCCGAGCCAAUUACAGCAGCUGGCAGCUGGAGGAGCUGGAAUCAGCCUUUGAGACCACACACUACCCUGACGUCUUCAUGAGGGAGGCCCUAGCCCUCCGGCUAGACCUGAUAGAGGCCAGGGUUCAGGUUUGGUUCCAGAACCGCAGAGCGAAGCUGAGGAGACAACUGAAACUUCAGGGACGAGCUCUGGACCGAGCCCUCGCUAGGGACUCGUCUGCCUCAGAACACAAGAAGCCCCAAGCCCCCCAGGAAAUGGAAGGUUCAAAGUUCCCAGCUGGAAGAGCAAAAUGGAUAAUUCAUUGCAAAGCUGGUGCCGAUGCUGCUAGAUUAAUGCAUCGGUGGCACGUGGUGUUUGUAAAGAGGUGAGUUUUGCUAGUUCUAGAGGUUGCCAGUCUGCUCUUCCCAGCACCUGUGCUACUGGCACAGUGCUAGGUUUAGAAAUAAUUUGUUUCAUACUUUGGCUUCCAACUUGGAGGUUUGUAGAGAAAAGAAUGUGGAAAAAAUAGCUAAAGUUGGUAUUGUGCCGAUUACAUGAUGGUCUCCUAAGCAGCCACAGACGGAGACCAAGACAUCCUGAUUUCUAACUAUAGCUCUGCUGCUGAUGUGCUGGGAGAAAGACAAGGUGGGGGAGGUGAUAUCUUUUAUUGGACCAACUUCUGUUGGUGAGAGAGAGAAGCUUUUGAGCCACACAGAGCUUUUCUGGGAAAGGUACUGCUAGCUUCACAGCUAAAUGCAGGGUGAAACAGAUUGUUUAGCAUAAGUAGUUAGCACAUAUCUAAGGGACCAUUCAAGAUCGAGUGGCCUGUUAAUAAUAGGACAAAAAGAGGGGGUUGGCAGAUUAUAGAUUGUUGUAAUAAACCAUAACCUGAAAUGCUGUGUCAGUUAACUUGUGCCUCAGGCUAUGUCUACACUACCUUUUAUGCCGGUAUAACUUAUGUCGCUCAGGGAUGUGAAUAAGCCACCCUCCUGAGCGACAUACCGUAAGUUACACUGACCUAAGCGCUGGUGUGAACAGCACUGUCUCUGCAGGAGGGCUUGUCCUGCUGAGAUAGCUGCUGCUGCUUGUGGGGACAGAUUGAUUAAUUGUCUUAGAACUGCUACACUAGAGAUCUUACAGUGGCACAGCUGUAAGCUCUCUAGUGUAGCCAUAGUUAGUUUUCCAGUAUGUAAAGCAAGGAUAACACCCAUUUACCCACGUGGCCUGGGCUUGUGAGGGUUAAUUUGUUAAUGUCUGUAGCAUGGCUUGAAGAGGGAACGUGCUAUCUAAUGACUGACAGACAUGAUCAGUUCAGUUCACCAGACUUUAAUCUCUGCUCCACUGAUAACAGGCGAAAAAAUCAAAGGAUGGCAAUGGCAAACCAGUUUGAAGGAAAGAGUAAAACUGGGAGGGGUAUGUUCCCAUGGUGAUCCAUGAUAAGGAGAGGGUACCGCACCCAACCUAGCAUGUUCUAGUUUGAAAACCCAAGCUUCAUUUUCGGUUUCAGCGAUACGCAGUAGUAAGAUCUCUGAAUUCUCAUGUAACCGGAGUGUUGUUUCUGUUUAUGACGGUGCAAAGAUCACUGUUUAUUUCAGUCUGAUCUGUCGGAGAGGGCCUCUAGUGCCUUUUGGUCUGGGCUUGUCACCUUUUAAAAUAAAUUGUCCUGUGUGUCAAACUUGUUGCAUUGAGUCAUGACCCAGCAUAAUCCUGUCACAGCCCCACCAUAUAUUUCUGGACCCUAUUAAUGUCCUGCUUACCUCAUUUGCAGGACACCUGAUACUUUAGGACUCUCCUAUCCUAGAGAAUUGGAAUAGGUGACUGUCUCAUCUGCAACAGCUGAAGUCUCUUGACUCCAUGUGUGAGAAAAGAGGCAAUGGUAUUAGAAGAGUGGAGACAGACCCAUUCACCAUGAGGGGCAGAGGGAGCCCUGGGUGGGGGUGAGGGUCAGAGACCCACCCCCCACAUAUGAGAUCCUUUUAUUUAUUUAUUUUGACGGGAAAUCACUUUAUGCAUCAGGAUAACUGGAUGUCACUUGCUCCUCAUGCUCCAGAUUCCUUACUCCAAGGUUGUGAGGUGUAUUUCCUCUUGAGAAGCACCCCCAAUGCACCCAGCAGAGGGAUUUGCAGACUGACUAUAUCCUGUGGCUGUAUCUUAUUUCCACUUUCAGCUUCCUUAAAUGUAAAGUCAUGUUUGAACUUGAAUUUUCUCCAGGCACUUCACAGGUAAAACCGCAAACUGGCCUCAAUUAUGGGUGAUUGGUUUGGUGUAGUUUGAAAGCAUUUUUGAGUGGCAUGUAGAGCUAUGAAAUUGUUCUUUGUUUUCUCUGACCUGGGCCUUUUAACUAUCUGAGGAAUCAGCCUGGCCGACUUCUGGUACGGCACAGAUGAUUCAGCAUGUUACAGAGGAGACACGCACACACACACUGUUCUCUCAUGGAUACUUCCUUCCUGUCUUGAGUCCUUAAUCUAAACUAAGUCAUUAAUUUUGAAAGCCUAAGAAAAACAUGCCCUUGCUAGUGUUGGGAGAAAUAACAGCCAUAUAUA